AUGGACUCCAUGUUCGAGGACGACAUCAGCAUCCCUGACGCAUAGGAGGCGCUGGGGCCAGACGAGGACUGGCUCGACAGCCCCAACACCGACCUCUCGGGUGAGAUGUGCUCAGCCUCCCACUUCGCCCUCAUCACCGCCUACGACGACAUCAAGAACCGCCUCACCGGGCUCGAGAGGGAGAACUCCACGCAGCGGCGCCUUAAGAUGUACGAGGUCAAGUACCCGCUGAUCGGCGAGUUCGGGGAGGAGCGCAUCUUCUCUGUCUACGAGGCCAAGGAGACUUCGCUGCUCAAGAGCGAGAAGGCGUCGCUGCAGCAGCAGCUCAACCAGUUCCAGCACGAGCUGCAGAAGAGCAAGGAGCGAGAGGAGCAGCUGGAUGAGAUGAUCCAGGCCUACGAGAAGCUGUGCGUGGAGAAGGCAGACCUGGAGUCGGAGCUGGGCGAGAUGCGGGCGCUGGUGGAGACGCACCGCCGCAUCCGGAGCCUGGAGCAGCAGCUGCGGCAGCGAACGGGCGCCUUCCCUGGCCUCGGCGCCCCGCUGCCGGGCCAGGAGGUGCCUUUCCUCUCCCUGCACCCCAACCCCGAAGCGCUGAGCCACGGCCGUGCCCUGCCCGCAGUGCUGGAUCGGCCCGCGGGCUGGCCGAGCCGCGGGCUGGAGGCCCCGGGCCGGCUGGAGGCCGAGCUGGAGGCUGCGCGGCGGGCUCAGCGCGCCCAGCACCGCGAGGAGCACCUCAAGGCCGAGUGCGAGCGGCUGCAGGCGGAGCUGAAGCACCUGCAGGACACCCGCGAGCAGGAGCAGUCGGAGCGGGACAUGGCCUGGGUGAAGAAGAUGGGCGACGACCAGGUGAACCUGGCGCUGGCCUACACGGAGCUGACGGAGGAGCUGUGCCGCCUGAGGAACCUCAGCUCCCUGCAGAGCCAAAUCCUCCGCGCGCUGCUGCAGGAGAAGAGCCUCAACGGCGGCCAGCGACACUCCCCGCUGUCCCAGUGCCACUCGCCAGCCCAGCAGCGCCGCUCGCCCGCCCCGCAGUGCCCCUCGCCCGCGCCUGGCCGCUCACCGGCCCCGCAGUGCCAGUCCCCGGCGCUGCAGCGGCGCUCCCCGGCCCCCCAGUGCCAGUCGCCCGCCCAGCAGCGCCGCUCGCCCGCCCCGGGGCCCUGCCAGUCGCCGGCCCAGCAGCGCCGCUCGCCCGUGCCCACCUCCAGCCCCUCGCCCGCCCAGCAGCGCCGCUCCCCGGCCCCGCCGCCCUGCCCGUCCCCGGCCUCGGCGUCCCCGCACCGGCUGCCCGGCGAGAGGAUGGAGCUGGGCUACGCCAAGCCCUCCAGCCGCCACAUCAAGGCCGGCUUCCAGGGCCGCCGCAGCUACUCGGAGGUGAGCAACGUGGCCCUGUACCAGCAGAGCCGCUCGCUCUGGCUGCAGCCCGAAGCCUCGACGCUCCCCAAGCACCGGCCCUACGGCGAGGUGUACCUGGGGGGCACAGGGGCCCCCCUGAGCGCCCGCGAGCCCUUCGAGGAGCACGUGCGCUUCGAGAAGCAGUCGUCGGACGAAGAGGACUGGGCGGUCCCCAGCCCCCCCAGCCCCGAGGUGGGGGCUGUCCGCUGCGCUUCCUUCUGCGCCGGCUUCCCCAUCCCCGACGCCGCCGCGCACCGGGCAGCUGCCGCCUAUGCCAGGACCGAGCACGCCCAGUCCUGGCCCUCGAUCAACCUGCUGAUGGAGACGGUGGACUCGGAAAUCCGGAGCUGCCCGCUGUGCCAGCUGGCCUUCCCCAUCGGCUACCCGGACGAUGCUUUGAUAAAGCACAUUGACUCGCACCUGGAGAACAGCAAGAUCUGAGCUCCUCCGCCCGCGCCGCCCUCCUGGCUGCGGGCUGCCCCCUCCCCGGACUUUGGAUGCUGCAUGAGAACACAAGGAGUGACACGGCUCCGAAAUACCUCCAAGUAUUCAGUAGCUGCGGAGGGACUGACCCCACAGGAGCCCCAGGCCCCUCCUGGCCUCGCGUGUAAGUGGGUUUUCCCCACUCCCCCUUGCCCAGUCCCUGCAUCCACGGAGAAUUUGGAUGCUCGAACCAGGAUGCUCGGGAUGCUCUGGGCUGGGUCCGGGGGCUGCUGGUGGGGACCCGCCUGCACCCAUGGGUUUCUCUGCUUGAUCUCAGGGAGGAUUUGAGGGACUGGGUCCUGGAUCUGGCCCCCAGAAAGCAGGUGAAGGGAAGGGGCUGCCCCUUCUGGGGCUCACUGGGUCAGAAUUGGUUGG